AAAAAUUCACAUUUAUCUUUCGGGAGAAAAUUAUUCAUUUAUUAUAAUUUUAAACUGAGAUUUUUAAAUUUUUUUUGUUAAAUAUUUUAAGUGAAAAACAUUUUCAAAACAUUUUAAAGUAUUGAAAAUACUUUAAAGAAUUAUGAAGUUGAGUUGUAAAUUAUUUUUUAUUUUAUUAAACACCCAAUUGUUUGUACAAAUACUAACUGUUCAAGAUUUAUUUCGUUACAUGCUUCCUAAUCCAGCUAUUCGAGAUCAAUACAAUGUUAAUUUGACUGAGGUUUAUCCAUGCAGUAACAGUACGUCUUACAAAAUAAAUGCCAAUUUGUAUCAAAAAAAUAUAACAUUAUCAAAAUUAAUGAUAGAUGGAAAAUUAAAGUUGUACAUUUCAUUUGAUAAUUCUUUUUCGAUAAACUUACACACAAUGCAAUGGGAUAUGAUAGGUGGUUGGAAAGAGAACUCAAUGGUUUUAAAUAAAAAAAAAGCAUGUUCUUCGUUAAGAGACUUCUUAGGAGAAGCGUGGAUACCAUUCAUAAAUAGUUUUAACAAAAAAAAUUAUUUGUGUCCUAUUACAAAAGGUUCAUAUAAAAUGACGGGAUUUGAUAUAUCAUUUUUGAACAAAGCCAAAUUGCCCGAUUUAUAUUUAUACGGAUCAUUUAAACUUCAAGUGUCUUUUGUUGAAGACCAAGGACAUACGUUGGGUUGUCUUAAUAUACUUUAUGAUAUAUUUAAAACAUAAUUAAAUAUUAGCUAUUUCAUUAUACUUCAUUUAUAAUACACUUAAUUAAUAUUACUAUUGUAUAUCUAUGUUCAAAAAUUGUUAAAAUUUGCAUUUAAAAAAGCCAUUAUAAUUUUAUUUUCAAAUUUUUAUAUCAUAAAUUUAUACUUUUUGAAGUUUUAAUUCAUUUUCAUUAAA